AUGUCGCGUCCCAGAGGAAUCCGCUCUGUUAGGGUGGCCAGCUGCUCCAGCUAUCAUGGCGAUCCAGCAUAUGAAAUGUACCGGCAGGCAACUCUGGGUGAUGUUGAUUUUAUCACGGGCGACUAUCUUGCAGAAGUGAACCUUGCCAAUGAUGCAGAGGUAUGGAGGAAUGGAAAGCACCCCGGAUAUGAGGAGACGGCUUGGGAAGGAAUCCAGCAGACGAUCGAUGUGAUUGCACACAAGCGCAUCCGGGUGAUCAUCAACGGUGAACCUCGACGUUCGUGUCGCGUACUUGGUGAUGACUUGUACUCACAUGUUGGACCAAACAUGCCCACCACAAGAGAAGGAAUGUGCCACCUUGAUUCCGGAAACCCAGACAUAAUCCCCUCGGAUUUAACGUACGCCUUUUUGAACACCGAUAACGGCAAGCCUACUCCGAUGGUCUCCGCACAUGCAUACCUGGGAGCUCGUGGCAUUGUGGAUGGUCUGCGACGGGGCGCCGACGUUAUCAUCUGUGGUCGGGUGGCAGAUGCUAGCCCUCUCAUUGCUGCCGCAUGGUACUGGCAUACCUGGUCCGAGACGGACUAUGACCGGGUUGCUGGGUCCCUUAUUGCCGGUCAUUUGAUCGAAUGUUCUGCGUAUGUGACUGGAGGGAACUUUUCAGGAUUCGAUAAACACCCGCUGGAAGACCUUGUUGCUCCAGGAUUCCCCAUCUCUGAGAUUGCUUCAGAUGGCACUUGUGUGAUCACAAAGCAUUCGAACACCCAAGGAAUUGUUAACGAAGAGACUGUAGCCUGUCAGUUCUUGUACAAACUUCAAGGAACAACCUAUCUCAACAGUGAUGUUAGCGCCGAUAUCUCGGAUGUGGCUAUCAAAGAGAUCGGCAGAGAUCGUGUAUAUGCAUCCGGAAUUCGAGGAUCUCCACCACCGUCGACCACCAAGCUUGCGGUUUUCUACCAGGGAGGGUACGAGGCCCAGCUGUUGCUCAAUGCCACGGGAUAUGCCACAGGGAAGAAGUGGGAUAUGCUCGAAAAGCAAACUCGUCAUUUUAUUCCGGAGAAAGUGUUGAAGAGCUUGGAGACCCUGGAGUUCCAAAGGAUUGGAACACCAGCUUCCGACCCGUCGUUGCAAGAAGAAAGCACCAUCUAUUUGAGGAUAUUCGUGGCUUCCCGCUCACAGACGGCUAUGCUCGGAGUAGCGAAAGCUAUGAAAGACAUCUCUCUCAAACACUUGUCUGGCUUUCAUUCGUCGAUGGACACUCGCACUGCCAUGCCUAUUCGAUUCCUCGCUUAUUAUCCAGCACCGAUCAAACAGGCCGACAUACACGAGACCAUCAACUUCAUUGACGGGCCCAACGCGAUCCACUCCUACGAGACUAGCCACCCUCCUCAAUACAAAGAGCCUGGGAUGCGGGAAAGCUAUGACCCAAGCCAUCCCAAAACCCUACAGGGGCCGACGAAAAAGCUCCCCCUGGGAGACAUUGCCAUUGGACGCUCCGGCGACAAAGGCGAAAACCUUAACUGCGGCAUCUUUUCCAGCACUAGCCGCCUUGAUGGCUUUGGAAAGGGCUUUGUGGAUUAUAUCCGCGACAAACUUGUUGAUGUUCCCGUGGGACCUUUGCUAUAGGUUUGCUAUGACAUAACUCGAAGCCCAUAAGAUGAAAAUGGUUAUUUCCUUGAAGAAUUUAGUCGAUCUCACUCUUGAAUUCUGGGGGCAUUGUCGAGCCACCUCUCGCGGGCCAAAGACAGGGUCUGGCGGAG